AUGGCGACCACAGCGUCUAAUCAUUACAAUAUCCUUACCUCCAGCGCAUCCAUUGUGCACUCGGAGCCCGGGAGCAUGCAGCAAGCAUCGGCGUACAGGGACGCGCAGACCCUGUUGCAGAGUGACUACUCAUUGCAGAGCAACAGUCACCCGCUCAGCCACGCGCACCAGUGGAUAACGGCACUGUCGCACGGAGAGGGAGCUCCGUGGUCAACCAGUCCUCUCGGCGACCAGGACAUCAAACCCGCGGUGCAGGGCACCAGAGACGAGAUGCACAGCUCCAACAAUCUGCAGCACCAGCACCAGCCGCGACCGGCCCACCUGGUGCACCAGUCGCAUGGGAACCACCACGACGCCCGAGCGUGGAGAACUACCGCAGCCCACAUACCCAGCAUGGCAACAUCCAAUGGCCAGAGCCUUAUUUAUUCACAGCCCGGAUUCGGCGUCAACGGCCUGAUUCCAGGCAGCGGACAGGGGAUGCAUCACCACAACCUAAGAGACGCACACGAAGACCACCACAGCCCGCAUCUCAGCGACCACGGCCACCAGGCGUCCCAGCACCAGCAACAGAGUCACCACGACCAUUCGGACGAGGAUACACCGACCUCGGACGACUUGGAGCAGUUCGCCAAGCAGUUUAAGCAGCGGAGGAUCAAGCUGGGCUUCACUCAGGCUGACGUCGGACUCGCCUUGGGAACGCUGUAUGGAAAUGUGUUUUCCCAAACCACUAUUUGCAGGUUCGAGGCCCUGCAGCUCAGCUUCAAAAACAUGUGUAAGCUCAAGCCUUUGUUGAACAAGUGGUUGGAAGAAGCGGAUUCCACCUCGGGCAGCCCAACCAGCUUGGACAAAAUCGCUGCACAAGGGAGGAAAAGGAAAAAACGGACCUCUAUCGAGGUAAGCGUAAAAGGGGCUUUGGAGACCCAUUUCUUGAAGUGUCCUAAACCCGCAGCGGCGGAAAUUACUUCCCUGGCGGACGGUCUACAGCUGGAGAAAGAGGUGGUGAGGGUUUGGUUUUGUAACAGGAGACAGAAAGAGAAACGGAUGACUCCUCCCGGUGGACCGCUUCCUGGAACGGAGGAUGUGUAUGGGGACACACCGCCACAUCAUGGAGUCCAAACACCGGUUCAAUGA